ACUUCCGGGCGCGCCAGCGAACGGACGCAGAAUGAACGGCUCCGAUGGAGCGGCGAUAGCGGCCCAUGCCGGCCGCGGAAACAGGAUCACCGUCGAAGACGAUAAGAACUACGAGAUUGUACUGCCUACAUUGCCUACCGGUCGAAUUGUUCAGAACAUGUUGUUCUUGCACGGUGACGUGCGUGAGAGGCCCUACAGGGUCGAAGACUUUCGAGACGCCCUAGUCACUGCUGGUGUGCUCCCUGACGUGGUGGCGUUGGGGGCGUACCAGAUUAACCAUGUCUGGGCGGUGACCCUCAACACCGGAGAAGCCACGAAGAAACUGGCUGCGUUGAAGGAGCUGAAGGUGAAAGGGCGUCGGUGUGUCAUUUUCGACCCCGAAGACCAGCAGGUGAAACUUCGCCUGCAUUGGCUGCUCUACGGCGUGCAGGAUGAAGACAUCCGGACAGCUUUCGCGGCGUUCGGAAACGUCACCGAGGUGACGCGUGAGCGUUGGCGCGUCCAGGGCAUGCGGGAAAAGGGCUCAACUACCAGGAGCGUGCUCCUCAAGUUGAAGCCCGGUCUCAAGGUGGACGACCUGCCUCACCAGGUCAGAGUUGCCGGUGAAUUGGCCGUCGUGGUGGUGCCCGGGAGGGCCAUGCAAUGUCUGCGUUGCCACGGCACGGGUCACGUUCGCCGAGACUGCAAGGUGCCGCGGUGCUCGAAGUGCAGGCGCUACGGACAUGCGGACGCGGACUGCGUCCGUACCUACGCGUCGGCGACCGGACUGCCGAGGGCGGACGAACACGACGAGAUCAUGGACGUCGCCGAGGCUGAGGAGGCGGCGAGUGGUACCGACGAGUCAGGAAAGCGGACGGGACCACUGGACACGGCUGCGCCUUGCGGCGGUAACGCCCCGCAAGGGGAUGUCCCGGAACAAGAAGCGGCAGAGGACUCGACUGGCUCGAAGGGCAACCAGCCGACAAAACAGGUGCUGCCUGCGUCUUCUGGAGCCGACACCCGCACGGUUCCCGUACCGACGCACCAAGGAGCGCCCGGUGAUUUUGCAGGGUCGAGCGACACGACGGAGAAGGGGACGGAAAGCUCGCCAGCAACCAAAUGCGGCGAGCAGAAAAACCAGAACGAGCCGAAGGCAGAGAAGGGCGGCGUCCAGACUCCUACCAAUGCCGCCGCGGCGUCAAAGCGCCCGCACCCCCAGACCUGCAAUGUCGGGACUCAAGGGACAACGCCGGGCGUCGAGGAACCACCGGCAAAGACGGCUCAAGUACGGCGGUCAUCACUCCGACCACGCCCCAACGUGUCUUCCGACAGGCGAGGUGGCAACGCCGAGCCAGACGCGCCAGUUCAAGUACCGCCGCCGGACGGCACCGCCGGCGAUGGCAACGUCUAG